UAUACUCGCGCUCUCUCUCCUCGUUCGUUACGCUGCGAGCCGUCGAAGCAUUCAGAGCUCCCUGUUCCAAAUUCUAGGGUUUCUUCGCCAACACUUUUCUCAUCUUCGCUGUGUUUUCCGUCGUCGUCUCCAUCCAUGGGUCGCCAGCCCGAAGUUCUGUGGGCACAGCGCUCGGAUAAGAUCUAUUUGACUGUUUCUCUGCCCGAUGCAAGAGAUGUUUCGGUGCAGAGUCAGCCCCAGGGAGUGUUUCAGUUCUCGGCUGUUGGGGCUCAAGGUGAGCUCUUUGACUUCAACCUCGAGUUGUAUGACACCACAGUUCCUGAGGCUAGUAAAACAAAAAUUGGGAUGAGGAACAUAAUAUGUUCAAUCAAGAAAGAGAAAAAGGCAUGGUGGAAGCGGCUGCUGAAGUCAGAGGAAAAACCUGCUCCUUAUAUUAAAGUUGAUUGGAAUAAAUGGUGUGAUGAAGAUGAGCAGUCUGACAUUUCUGAUUCGUUUGCAUCUGACGAUGAAAACAAUGGGGGCGUGGAUGACGAUGACGAUGACACUGACGAUGAUGGGUUGCUCUAUCUACCUGAUCUAGAGAAGGCCAGAGGAAAAUGACAGGGACACUGAUGGAUGGAUGGAUGACGGAACUUGUUUAUGCAAUGAGGACAUUAUGCCUAAGAUUUGCUCACCCACUAGCCACAGGCUGCAGUAGAAUGGAUUUCGUAUGCUUUUGUCUACGUGUAAUUCUUGAAUUCAAAUGUUAUUGUAUCUUUGCAUGAGAACUUACGAAAAUUUAUCUUAAUCCUGAGUGUUGGUAGACUUUUUGUGUA